AGCAGUCGUAUUAUAAUAUUUGCUCUUUGGCUUUUUCAUUUUUUCUGUGGAUUCCCAGCUGAGCAAACAACUCAAGAAAAACUUUACUCUUGUGUGAAAUACUAGAAGAAAGAGAUUCCGAGAGAAGAGAGAAUGGGGAAGAAGAUGCUGAAUUUCGAAGAACAGUGUCAGAUAGUGAACAUGUUGAAAUCGUCGUCCGAACAAAAGUCAAUCGAAGAGACAGUCACUGAAUUCUUCAACAAUUCCAAGCUCCGCCAAUUCAAUGUCUGCUAUUCUCUCUCCCUUUUAUUGCAGGAUAAAAUAAUGCUCAGUUCAACUGAACGAUUGGUUGCAUGUGCUAUUCUUCAUCGAAGCUAUUCCUCUCAAAAGUCUGCCGCAAACCCAUUUAUACCUUCUCUUGUAAAUGCUGCAUGUGAUGAUGGAGCUGAAAAAUAUGAGAGGGCAUUUGUUCUCCAUUUGCUAAGCAACUCCAAUAAAGAGUUUCUUAAACAGUCUGCUUCAGAUUACAUCAAUAAUUUUGAUCCUUCAUCUCAAACUGAACUUGUCUUUUCUGUUCAGCAAGUCCUGGUGGAGCUAGCUAAUGACCCCAAGCUUGUAUAUCACUGUGGAUUGACUCCAAGGAAGCUACCUGAAUUGGUGGAAAACAAUCCGCUUAUUGCUGUAGAGGUUCUGACCAAGUUGAUAAAUUCUCCUGAAAUUUCUGACUAUUUUACAGUUCUUGUUAACAUGGACAUGAGUCUACACUCCAUGGAAGUUGUGAACAGGCUCACAACUGCGGUUGAACUUCCAAAGGAAUUUGUACGUAUGUACAUAACUAAUUGUAUAUCAUCCUGCGAGAACAUCAAGGAUAAGUACAUGCAGAACAGGCUUGUGCGACUUGUAUGUGUUUUCUUACAGAGUUUAAUCAGAAACAGAAUAAUUGAUGUUAAGGAUCUCUUUAUUGAAGUCCAAGCCUUCUGCAUCGAGUUUUCAAGGAUUAGAGAAGCAGCCGGUUUGUUUAGGCUUUUGAAAACCUUAGAAUAAAUGAUCCUUUUCGUAAACCCGAUUUUCUACAGUGUAGAUAGUAUCGUUGUCCUUUGGGGUCUGAUUACUGCUCCUUUAGCUUUUCAAAGGCCACAAAUUUUACAUACCAGUUGCACUUUGGUCGUUAUAAACAAAAUAAAGUGGUACUGUUCUAGCAUCUAUAAGCAUAUGUAUCCAUGCUAUAUAUAAAAUCAACUUAAAAUGAUGAGAAAACUCACUGUUCUUGGAAAA